AUGAGUAGCCCCUCUGACUUGCGCUGUUUGCUGAGCGAUUGUACGGAUUUAGCUGUUACAGAAGUUUUUCAUGAUAAUUCCUUAGAAGAAAAUUUCACGGGUUCUCUAUCACACCAAGAUAUCCGCUCUUUAUCUUUAUCUUUAAAGUUUACUUUGUUUAAAAACCAUGGAGUAGCUCCCGGUGACACUAUUUCAAUAGUCUUUUCAAAUGGAAUUAGCUUUAUUAUAGCUUUUUUGGCUAUAGUAUCUGGUGGUUUAAUUUGUGCUCCUUUAAACCCAACUUACUCCAAAGAAGAGUUUUUAUAUUACUUGAAGGAUAUAAAUCCGAAAUUGAUAAUAAAAUCGGAAUUCAUGGAUAACGACGUGGCGAUUUCUGAAGCAGCAAAAAGCUUAAAAAUUACAUUGACCACUUUGUUUACGAAACCUACCAAAGCCGCCUUAAAUUAUUUCUUUCGAGACGAAGGGGUCCUCGUUAAUUUAAAAAAGUUAAACGCUCCCGCAGAAACACUACAGAAAUUAGAGCAAAUUAACCCGGGAGACAUAGCGCUUUACCUCCACACCAGCGGCACCACAAGUAAGCCGAAGGGUGUCCCACUCAGCCACUACAAUCUUGUGUCCAGUGUUAAGAAUAUAGUGGCCACUUAUGACUUAACAAAACUGGACAAAGGCCUGCUGGUUAUGCCUUUAUUUCAUGUUCAUGGGCUGGUGUGCGGACUCCUCGCUCCUCUCUUCUCUGGUGGGAGUCUGGUUAUACCAGUCAAUGGCCAAUUUAGCGCCUCCAACUUUUGGAACACGGUCGUCGAGCACCAAGUCAACUGGUAUACUUGCGUGCCAACCAUACACAAGAUUUUGCUCCUUCGCUCCCAUAAAGAAUAUCCUGCCUUCAAUUCCCCGAACUUACGUUUUAUCAGGAGUAGCUCUUCAACCUUGUCGCCCUCAAUUCUUUAUGAACUUGAAAAAACCUUUCACGUGCCAGUUCUGGAGGCUUACUCUAUGACAGAAGCUUCACAUAUGAUGACUUCUAACCCUCUUCCCUCUAAAGGUCAACGCAAAGCCGGGACGGUGGGGAGCGCCGUUGGGGAGCUCGUAGUGUCCGUGCGUGACGAAGUUAACAAGGAAGUGGCCACCGGGGAAGAAGGGGAGGUGUGCGUAAAAGGGCCCAGUGUGUUUUCAGGUUAUAAGGAUAACCCGGAAGCCAAUGAAGAGGGGUUCAUGGAAGGCUGGUUCCGCACGGGAGAUCGAGGAAGUAAAGAUCCAGCUGGCUUCAUCACUCUUACAGGGAGAAUAAAGGAACUGAUUAACAGAGGAGGAGAAAAGAUUUCUCCUAAUGAAAUUGAUUCAGCCCUGCUUGAGUUUAAGGGCGUGAUAGAGGCGGUCAGCUUUGGCGCUCCAGACCCAUUAUAUGGAGAAGUCGUGCAUGCCGCUGUUGUCAUAAAAGAUCCAGAGGACCCUAAAAAAAUGGAACUUCUUUUAAAGGAAUUUCUUCUAACAAAAUUAGCUCCAUUUAAAGUUCCUCAAGUGUUUUACUUCAGUAACGACCUCCCUAAAACAGCUACAGGAAAAAUACAGCGAAAGCAUAUAGCUUCCAAAUUUUUAAAUACGCAAUAAACA